CAGUUGACACUGCGCAGCUCGUCCUGUUCGAAACCGAUUGUCAACGCCUCGAUCACUCACACGAAGGAAGAUUGAAGAACUCUCCCCAGGCGAUCCAUCGAGGACAAGACAGAGCUCGCGAAAGAAAUGACGAUCGUGGAGAUGUGCGUGCAUAUGUGCUGCGCCGGGUGCGAGAAGAAGAUACGGAAGGCCGUCGAAAAGUUAGAAGGGGUGGACGGCGUGGAGAUCGACAUGGAGAUGCAGAAGGUGACGGUGAACGGGGACGUGGAGCAGAAGAAGGUGCUGAAGGCGGUGCGGAGGACGGGGAAGCGCGCCGUGCUGUGGCCGUCGACGCCAUACAACAUCCCCGGCGCGGGCGCGGCCCACCUCCUGCUGGCCCAGCCGGCGGGCGGGGCCCACACGUACGCGGCGGGCCCGACAUCCUCGUACAACUACUACAAGCACGGCUACGACGACUCGCGCCUCUACGGCGCCAACUCCUCCCUCGUCGGCGGCACCAGGGCCACCGAUUACUUCAGCGACGAGAACACGGGUGGCUGCUCCGUCAUGUGACUCGGUUUGAAUUGAUUCAUCUGCACCGUUCGAUCGAAUGUUCGAUCGUGAAAUCGAUGGGUUUUAAUUUUAAUCUGAAGUUGCAUACCUUUUUUUUCUUCUGUAAAUUGAGUUCGCACGAUUUGUUGAAACUAGCGUGAUGGCCCGCGCGACGCGGGCUAGACCUCGUGACCAUUAAUUGUUGUACAAUUAUUUUUCUACCUGUGUUGUUGACGGGUUUUUUAACUCUUUUGAUUUCCUGCAA